AUGGCCGAAGUUUUUGGCAUCGUCACCGGCGCACUGAGCGUUGCGGCGCUCUUUAACAACUGCGUCGACACUUUCGAGUACAUCCAGCUCGGCCGGCAUUUCGGGCAGGACUACGAGAGAUGCCAACUUAAACUAGACGUUGCAAAGACUCGCCUGGGGCGAUGGGGCGAGUCUGUUGGAGUUAACCGCGACGAGCGCUUCACGUCUGCCCCGCCGGCUGAUGACGCAGUUGAAGCUGCAUUGGGGAUUCUCGGGGACAUUGAAUAUUGCUUCAAGUCUGCCCGGGAGAAAUCCUCAAGAUACGCAAAGCGCGCUAAUACACAGGAGCUGAUGGUUUAUGACAAGAACGACAUGAGCCCUUUAUUCCAGCGGCUGCACAAUCGCUGCGCAGAGAUUUCCCGUCGGAGACAGAAAAGCGUGGGCAUACUGAAAAAAUCGGCGUGGGCGCUGUAUGACGGGAAAAGCCUCGACAACAUCAUCAACCAGAUCUUAUCCUGGGUUGACGAGUUGGAAAAGCUGUUCCCCAUUGAGAUGACGACGACUAGUCAGAAAGUUGUGGAAUUUGAGAUUGAAGAAGUCAAUGACGAGCCGAGUCUCAAGGCGCUCAAGGAUGCGGCCAGUGAGAUUGACCCGGUGUUGGAGGAAGCGUUGGAGCGCAAGGUGGCUCUCAUUGAAGGGAGCAACACUGCUGGCAACGUCACGCUGGAAGACGCGGCGCGGUUCCACGUCGGCAACGUGUUCUCAGAGGGAGCCCUCCGGUAUGGGAUGUCUAUCAAGGACCAGACCAAGAACACCGUAGAGGUGGUUUCAGCGAAGAACGACUCUCGGAUGCAAAUAGGAACCGUAUACGGCGGCAAGGGGAUCUGGGAUUAG